CCGAAGCCCAAGCGUUACGAGAACGUACAGAACUCAGUUCACUCAGCAUCUACUUCAUGAGGUGCAGUACAAUCUUCAUCAGCAACUAAAUCAGAACCUUCACAUUUUCAUGAUACACCAUUACCUCAUCAACUACUGAAUCAGAAUCUUCGUCAACAACGGCCGACUUCAUUUCUUCAACCGAUACCACGGCGGACUCCUUCAGUUCAGGAUUCAGCACAGCCAACUCCAUCAGUUCAGACCACAACGCAGCCGAUUCCAUCAGGUCAAACCACAACGCAGCCGAUUCCAUCAGGUCAAACCACAACGCAGCCGAUUCCAUCAAUUCAAACUGCGUCACAGUCGAAACCACCUAAAAAGUCUAGUGGACGUGAGUCUAUGUCACAUUGGACGGUAGAUGCAAUUGAUUCACAGAGAGCUAUCAAGAAACUCAAACUGAAGAAAACGGACGUGUUCAAUCUAUCUAAUGGAGAACGUAUUGUGGUUGAUUUUGACGACUUAGAUUCUCCUAUUGGCGAAGGACAAGGCAUUUUUGCAGGUUUUUGUGGAAUUUUAGCAAAAGACAGCUCCAUAUUUCCAGUUCACUUUGAAAAAUGGUCGGAUUUACCUGCAGCAUACUUCAACAAUUGCUUUGAUCAAUUUAUAAAGCCGCGAUUUUGUUUUAGGACCAGCGAGUCAAAUGCAAGGCGAUAUGCAUAUAGUUCGAUGUGUAAGAAGUGGGGUGCAAGAAGGCUAAAGUUGUUUAAUGCAAUUGAUGACCCACUUAAGAGCAGAGAUCAGAUAAGAGCUGAGGCAAUUAAUAAAGUUCCAGAUGGGAUUCCACGGGAUCAAUGGAUUUCUUAUGUUGAUUACCGCCUUAAAGAAAAAACAAGGGAAAUGUGCAAAAGAAAUGCUGAAAUUCGGAAGACACAAACCAUUUCACACAUCGGUGGCUCCAAACCCAACUCCAGAAGAAGGGCUGAAAUGAUGGCUAAUAGCGGACAAAAUCCUGGACGAGGUCAACUUUAUCUUGCUACUCAUAGGAAUGAAGAUGGAUCAUAUGUUAAUGAGGCAGCAAAAGAGAUAUGUGAAAAAAUUGAGCAAGCCAUGACUCAAAGCACCACAAAUGAGUCCGAGAUUUCGCCAAAUGAUGUCGUCGGAAAGGUACUAGGAAAAGAGCAUUCCGGACGGGUAAGGUGCUUGGGAUUAGGAGCUGUCCCAAGUAGAGCUUUUAAACAAACAAGACCCCGUUAUAGUGAUUUGAGUGCUUCAAGUUACAAUAAUGGUUCAUGUUCUUCUCAAUGGCAAGAGAAGUACAAUCAGAUGUUGAGUGCUCACAACAAAAGCCAAGACAACCUCAAUUUUCUGAUGAAUGCUCACACUGAAAUGAUGAGCGCUUUCAAGAUGUAUAUGAUAAGGAAAGAAGGGAGAAUACCUGAAGAAUUUGCUGGGAUCUUUGUUUCUACUACUCCUCCUUCAACGUCAAGUGAUGCAGCUAGUGGACACGCUUCACCCACGGACGUAAGAAGAUCAUUUGGUGGCAGUAAUCGUAAUGGCAACCAAUGAAGUUCCGUGCAAUUGUAUUAGACAAUUAAGUAUGGUAGUUGAUUGAAUGGACGUAGCAGAUCCUUUAUGAUUAGUGGUCUGAGUGGAUGUGUUUAAUGUUAGUUUUUGAGACUAAUGAGGAUACUGAUGUUGGAGUGAAUGUGUUUAAUAUUAGGUUUGAGACUAAUGAUAAUACUUGCUUUAUGUUAAUGUCAAUAUGGCUUAAUAAUACAUUGAUGUU